UACACCAUAGUUCAAUGUAGACACUUUUGUAUUGUCAUUUACAACUAUCAAAUUUGUUCUUACUCAAAAAUAGUUUGGGUUCUUAUAUAUUUUAAAAUUUACAAUACUUCAGUCUAUAAUUGUUUAUUGAAAUGGGUCGAAUGGGUGUAAUAAAAUGGGAAAAAGCUACGCAGUGUCGUCCUAUACACAAUAUUAUAUCUUCCGAUUUUCCCCGUUAUAAUCCCCAACCUUGGAAAUUCAUGGAAGGCAAUUCUCGAAUCGAGUGGUUAUUAUCAUAUGAGUAUCAAAGAAUGUGGACUGAGGAGAGAGAAGUGUGGAAAAAGCGAAUGUAUCCUGAAAAUACCACAGUCAAUGUUGAUGUAGUAAAGCGCUACGUAUUAACUUUUAAAACCAAUCAUCAAUCACCCAAUCUGGAAAAAAAGGAACCUUUUAAAAUGAAAAAAUUUCAAGAAGUAGGAAGUAAAACAGAUAAUAAACGGCUGCCAAAUGAUAAAGCAAUGAUAUAUGAAAAGGAAAAAGCAUAAACAAAAUAAACAUACAAAUAGGCUUGCUUCGUCUAUUAUAAAAUAACAAUUUUCUACUACUAAUAUAGAAAUAAAACUUUUUACUUUUGAAAAAUUU